AGUGUCACACUCGCGUCCUAGAGGAUGGGCGUACGGAAGCCGCCUGGGGACGCGGAGAACUCGAAGCUUUGAGAGAACAAUGGCGUCGGGGCCUGGUGUCUCUCUGCAAAGUGGCAGCCCGGCCAGAGAACUUUCUAUUUCGGUUCAACAAGGAGGAAAUCUGCCUAUCGGUGACCGGGUAAAACCCGAAGAUGUAACGGAGGCAGAGAAGCAGAGUCGGAUAGCUGCUCUCCUGGAGAGACUUCAUGCCAAACAUAAUGCUUCACGACCAUGGCAGGAGACCUCCAAAGUUGUGCGUCAGGCCAUGGAUAAACGUGGUGGGAUUAAUGCAGCAGAUCACCAGCUCCUGCUCCACUGCCUGGAGACCCUGCAGAGAGCGCUGAAGGUCUCUUCUCUGCCAUCCAUGACGGAUCGUCUUGAGUCUAUUGCUCGACAAAACAUGUUGGGCUCUCACCUCAGUCCGUCGUGCACAGAGUGCUACAUCACAUCAGAUAUGUUCUACGUGGAGGUGCAGCUGGACAGCGGUGGUCAGCUUGUAGACGUUAAGGUUGCUCAUCAGGGGGAGAACCCAACGAGUUGCCCAGAGCUGAUUCAGCACCUGAGGGAAAAGAACUUUGAAGAAUUUUCUAAACAUCUCAAAGGACUGGUUGAUUUAUACAGACUUCCUGGAGACAAUAAACUGAAAACCAAGAUGUACAUAGCACUGCAGUCUCUGGAGCUUGAUCUAACCAAGAUGAUGCACAUGUUUCGCGUAGCUACAGCUGCUAACGCAGUUGACACGAUCCUUCAUGGGACCGUUGGCUUACUGACAGCCAGGAGCGGCGGCCAUCUGGUUACUCUUCAGUGUUACGUCUCACCUUAUGACAUAUUCGAGGUGGAAGCAAGCUCUCAGCUCAACUUAAAUGAAAACAUAGUACCACGUACUCUAGGUGUCAGUGUCUCUGUGACGAUUGAGGGAACCUCUGCUGUGUACAAGCUCCCGAUAGCGCCACUCAUCACUGGGACCCACGCCGUUGAUAACAAAGGCACUCCUUCAUUUUCCAGUGUGACCAAUGCCAACUGUGUGGACCUGCCUGCAAGUUUUUUCCUCAAGAUGAACCGCCCCAUGCCUUUCUCGCUCUCCUUCAUUCAGAGGAUGGGCAAUGCCACUUCAAUCCCAGUAUUUGAGACGUCACCCAGCCUCUCACCGCUCUACCAGCUGAUCGUCCAGAGUCAGCUGCAGCUGCUGGACGAGAGCAGCUCUGUGCCAGCAACACUGAAUAACAUGCACUUUUAUUCUAUCUUGCCAGAUCAGCAUCACUGUUACUUCCUGAAUGGCGAUGCCCCAGUUCAGGAUGGACAUUCAUUACAAGGAGCAAUGGUGUCCAAGAUCCCUUUUCGUCAUCCAGCUCAAGUGCCAUUCCUGCUGGACAUCAUUCGCCACCAGGCAGCAUAUAACACUCUGAUUGGCAGCUGCGUCAAACGAACCUCUGCCAAAGAGGACAGUGCAGGCCUUCUUCAGUUCGAGGUUUGUCCUCUCACCGACUCAAGUUUCAGUGUCUCCUUCCAGCACCCGGUCAAUGAGUCGUUAGUCUGUGUUGUGAUGGAGGUGAUUGACUCCAGACAAGUGUCUUGUAAGCUGUAUAAAGGACCAUCCGAUGCUCUGAUCUGCACUGAUGAAUUCAUAACCAAGGUUGUCCAGAGAUGCAUGUCCAUCCCUGUUACAAUGCGGGCCAUACGGAGGAAAGCUGAGACCAUCCAGGCUGACACUCCAGCGCUCUCACUGAUUGCACAGACAGUGGAGACCAUGGUGAAGAAUAACCCACCACCUUCUGGUAGUCCUUACAACAUGACAGCAGGGGAAGGGACUAACCCCAUGGGACUAGCUGGGCUUACGGGAGGCAACACACCUACUGGGGGAGGACCCAAUUUUGCAGGUCCAAUAUCCACUCUAUUUGGAAUUUCCCGUGCAGAAAAACAAGCUCAAGGAGUAGAAUGCAUGACGCCAGGAGCAGUGGCUGCCCAGCAGCAACUGCAGCAACAACAAAAUCAGGGUCAUUCAGAUGAUUUCAGUAAAGUCACUCAGAAUCCCAUACUGACAAGUCUAUUACAAAUAACUGGAAAUGUGGGUUCUAGUCCCAGCUCCCAGAAUGCACCAGCACCCCACCAGACCCCUCCAUCAACAUCCUCCCCUGCUAGCAAUACAAAGAAUCACCCCAUGUUGAUGAACCUGCUCAAAGACAACCCCACACAAGAUUUUGCUGCACUGUACAGCUCUAGUCCGUUAGAGAGACAGAACUCUUCCUCUGGUUCCCCACGGACAGAUGGAAUGGGUGGUGCUUGUCCUGGAGGUAACGCUAAAGGAAAGAAGAAGCGUCCCAGAGGAACUGAGAAGGGGGCGGUGUUGCCUGGAGCAGGUCCAGCUGGCGGUUUGGGCAUGAAGUCACAACAGUCAGCCUCCAUGCCACUGCAUCACCAGCACCCCUCUGUAACUCACGAGGAUGAUUUCCAUCGGGAGCUCUUUUCCAUGGAUGUGGACGCAUCUCAGAAUUCUAUCUUUGAUGUUAACCUAACUAGUGAUGGUCUUGAAACGCCCAGUACCAUCACACCAGCUCCUAGCCAGUGUGGAACACCACCCCUUAGCUCUAGUAUACCUUACCCACAGUCUCAUGUCCCGUCUCAGCCGCAGCAACCUCCCGGAACAAUACCACCUCGUAUGGUCCGCCUCCCCAGCUCUGACAGCAUUGGACCUGAUAUAACAGAAAUCCUACAAGACUUACCUGAGCAAACGGGCAAAUGUAGCGGUGGCAGCCAUGGGCAGCACCCCAUUGGCAGUGGAGGGGAGGACCAAGGCCCCCUCGGCACCCCCAUCCGUGACUCUUCCAGCUCUGGUCCGGGCAGUGCUGUGUUUGACUCAGACAUUUUCAAUUCCAACAGCAACGAGAAUCCCUUUACAGAUGCAGCUGAUCUGAUUGCUGAGGCAGCUGCAACUGCUGCCACUCCCAACAGUGACUCCUCUUCCAACAAUUUCUUUCCUGAUGCAUCUGACUUCAACCCUGACCUUCUCUCACAAAACUACUUUGAUGAAAGCUCUCCAAGUGCUGAUGGAGACAUAGAUCUUGUCAAAGGGUUUGGGGGAAGUAGCCAACAGAAUACUCCCUCAGGAACUCCUCAGAAUCCCACUCCUCAUGGACAGAGCACUCCAGACACCUCGCUGAAGGAACCUUUUGACAUGGGAAUUGUUUUUGGCAUUAACAGUGGUAGUGGCAAACCACCUCUGGGUCAAGCUCCUGACUUGGGAGACACUCAUGGUGGCGGAUCCCAGAGUCCCCUCAUGAUGGGGCUUAGUGGCUCAUGUGUUGAUUUUAAAAGUGCAGAGCCCAAAAUUAAACCGGGCCUUAUGCGUUCUAAGGAUGACAAUGGGGGCAGUGCAGGUAGUAGUUCUGGGAUGGGAAUGGGGAGCAGCUCAACAGAGGGCAAACAGGUCAAGCGAAGCAGGACCCCAUCCAGUGAAGGAAAGUCUAAAGAUAAGCCUCCCAAACGCAAAAAGCUUGAUCCUGAUGGAAAGUCCCCAUCCCACAGCUCAGGAGGUCGACCUUAUACACCUCCUAGUGGUGGUUCGGGCUCAGGAGGAAGCAUGAGCGGUGGAGGCUCCAAGUCUCCUGGAAGUUCAGGACGCUCUCAAACUCCUCCUGGAGGUGCAACACCUCCCAUUCCCAAAAUCACAAUUCAAAUCCCAAAGGGGACCAUCACUGGGGGGAAAACAUCUUCCCAUAGUGGAUACACUUCCAGCAGCUCUGCUUCUAGCAAUACAGGAAGUGGGAGUGGAACCGGCAGCAGUGGCAAAAGUCACCAUUCGCAUCCAUCUUCCUCUGGGAAGAUCAAAUCCAAAGAAAGCUCCAUGUCUCAAGGCAAUAACUCCAAGCCAGGAAGUGGAGGUGGGCCUUCCCAAAUGAAAGGCUCCUCUCAAGGAAUGAGUGUUGGCAAACCAGGAUCCUCUCCGAUCACUAAACAUGGGUUGUCUGGGCCGGGGGGUACUGGAGGUGGAAUGGGAAGUGCUAAUAAAAUUAAGCCUCAAGGGGGCAAGCCUCCUGGGUCUCUCAUUAAUCCCAACAUCAAACCUAACAUUUCCCCUUCCCAUUCUCGGUCCAGUAGCUCUGGUGACAAGUUGUCCUCUCCAAUGAAAAUGCAGCAGUCCCAGGUUCCAGGAACACCCCCUUCUUCCAAGGCUAAAUCUCCAAUAGGAUCAGGAGGAGGCAACUCUGGUGGGUCCAAGUCUACCUCUGGUGGAAAUAUUGGCUCCCAAAAGCCAGCUGGUGGGAGCUCAUCUUCUAGUUCUACAUCUUCGUCUUCAUCCUCCAGCUCCUCCUCGGGUUCCAUGAGUUUCUCAGGGGGCUCCCAGUCACAGUAUGGGAGUGGAGGAGGUAGUGGAGGCGAAGGAGGUAGUGGAGGAGGAAACAGUGGAGGCACCUGUCCAAAUAAUUCAAAUAACCCCAACGCCAAAGGUAAGUCUCCCAGUCGAAACAAAAAGCCCUCUCUAACAGCAGUCAUAGACAAGCUGAAGAGUGUAGGUGGAGGCGGGGUGGGAGAGGAUGGCUGUGAAGUUGGGCCACCAGUUGGGGGGAAUGGUUCAUCAUCUACUCCUGGUGGUCCUGGGAAUGUAUCCAGUGGACCCUCAAGCAUGGGCUCUUCUAAGCAUACUUCCUCAUCUCAGGGUGGGGAUUACAAGCGGGAGAAGUCCGAUAAGGAGGCAAAGUCCAAAGUGAUGGUUUCAGGGGGCAGUAGUGCGGAUAAAAAGAUGAUGGACCCAAAAGCGGGUGGUGUAGGGGGAACCACUCUGGCUAAAAUCAUCAUUAGCAAACCAGAUGGUGGCUCACCAAGCAUAAAAGCUAAAGUGACCCUUCAGAAACCUGGGGAAGGAUCUGGGGAGUCAAUGCGUCCCCAGAUUUCCAGCCUCAAAGCCUCCCCCCUCUUCAGUGGUUCCACUCCAAAGCAUGACCGCUCCUCACCCAGCCACAGCCGCUCGCCGGGAUACACACCACUCAAUCAUGACAGUGAGAGCGAAUCAGGUAGCAGCUCGGUAGCAGAGAAGUCCCACCAGAACAGCCCCAGCUCAGACGACGACCAGGCCAUGCGCCCGCUUCCCCCUCAAGACUACAUGAGCUCCAUCCCACUGAGUUCAGGAGAGAAACACAAGAAGCACAAGAAGGAGAAGAAGAAGCAGAAAGAGAAAGACAGAGAAAGGGACAGGGACCGAGAGAGGGACAGGGAAAAGGAGAAAAAGAAGUCCUCUAUGUCCAUGGGCUCUUCGACACAUUCAAUAAAAGCAGACAGUUGGUCACGCUCUCCCAUCUCAGCCUCAGAACCGUCACUUUCCAUGCUGGGCUCGGACCGUCCAUCCAGGUCCAGUCCGAUGUAUAUAGGAAACGAAGAUGAUGACCUCAUGGACUCGGCCCUUACGGGCAACCUUUAAUCCGACAGUAGACGUUUUUGUGUUUGUCUUCUCAUGUCUCGUACUCUCCUUUUAUCAUACGCUUUUAUUUAUUUAACUAGAUCCACAAACCACAACUGAGUAUGAACGAUUUAACAGCUUUGAGUGAUAACUAUUUUAAUGUCCUGUUGUACUGUUAGAGUAUUACGUGUAAAAUUGUUAUUAGAAUGAUGGUUUUAUGGCGCUACCCAUCCGAAGCUGUCCGUGACAGCUUCCUUUAUCCACCCCCUGAAGUGGACCUUAGUUUGAUCCUGUCUGUGUUUUGUCAGAAUGUUUUACUGUUGCAAAAACAUUUCUUACUCAGAAUUAUUUUUAUGCUUAACACAUCUUUUAAAGUGUAUACAUCUACCAUUUGAUUGUAAACAGAAGCCACAUAAGACCUGAUGCAUGUAUAAAAGUAUUGUAAAUGAGAGAGGAAAAGUGUUCUUUAAGCUGCAGCUGGGCAUUUUUGAUUAUUUUAAAUGUUUUAACCUGUUGAUGUGUAAAUUAGGUACAGAAGAGGACUGCAGGAGAUGAUUAAGGAAAAGACUUAGUUUUACUUGUACAUUUGGAUGUUUUAAUUAAACCUUUCACUUUUGA